UUUUCAUACAUCAUUUUUAUACAUUAUAUCUCUUUCAAAUUAAUCAGAGGUCUGAGUUCGAACAGUGUUACACAUGAAUAGGUUAUAGGUUCAAACCCAACCUUAAACAUACAACAGUAUUAAAUUCUCUUAAGUAUAUCUGGUUUCUAUUGGAAUAUAUCAAUAUUUAACUCUUACUUUGAUAAAAUUACUAUUAUCUUUCUAUUCAUAUUUUUUCUUAAAUAUUUAAUAUUAAUCACUCUAAAGUUGCUAUAAAAAGGCCAUCCGUUACCCUAGUUGAAUUGCGUUGUUGUUGUUGUUGUUGGUAGGUUACAAAGAUAUUACAAACCUGUGCACACCGCACUUUCUCCAUCCCCUUACUGCAAAUAUUCUACUUUCACACUUGUUCCCAUACUCUGCUACUUUCACUUUUCUCACCUCAGCCUCUAUUUUUCUGUACUUUCGUUCCUUCUUCCAUUCCUCUUUGUCUCUAUAAACAUUCAUGGAUGAGGACAUUCUCAACACUUUUGAAAGUGAUGAGAGCAGCAUGGACAUGAUGGCAAUGAUGAUGCAAAUGGAAAAGUUUCCUGAACUCCACCAGCCUUUUUAUAACAACAAUCACAAUCAUACUAUCAAUCUUAACAACGCACAUAACGAGUUCCCUUAUGGAACUUAUCCGCAACCACCACUCUCUUAUCCUCACCACCCAAUGACACCGUCUCUUCAACACAACGGAGUUCAAAUUCCAUCCGGGAGAAUCAACAAUGCUUCGUUCUCGUCGUACUCCGAUAAGAAGAACUCAAUGGCGGCCAUGAGAGAGAUGAUAUUCCGUAUGGCCGUUAUGCAGCCGGUUAAUAUAGACCCGGAAACAAUCAAGCCACCAAAGAGAAAGAACGUGAAGAUUUCAAAGGAUCCACAAAGUGUAGCAGCCAGACACAGAAGAGAAAGGAUUAGCCAGAGAAUAAGAAUCUUGCAGAGAUUAGUCCCCGGUGGAACUAAAAUGGAUACCGCUUCAAUGUUAGAUGAAGCAAUACAUUAUGUGAAGUUCUUGAAGAAACAAGUUCAAACGUUGGAACAAGUUGGAGCAAACAGACCUUUGAAUGUUGUUGGAUUCCCAGGAACGAUUUCUAAUGGAAAUGUUAACUACUCAUCUUUUCUGAGAGGUUGUUCAUCACCUUGUCAAAUGGUGGGUCCCACUUCCAAACAAAUGCUUAGUUGAUAAAGGAUAGAGAGAAAUUUGAUUUUUCUUGAUAUAUGUCCAAUAUAUAUUUGAAAUAUUUAUGCAUAUUAUUGUUGGAUAUGGUUUUAAGGUUAAUGUUGGAAUAUUGUAAGCAAGAGUUAUAAGCUAAUAAUGAAUAUGUUUUUAUUGCUCA